ACCGACAGCGCCGUCCCCGCGCUCCCCGCUCCCCGCCGCGUGUAUCGGGCCCUGCCGCAUUCCCCGCUCCCUGCCGCAUUCCCCGCUCCCUGCCGCAUUCCCCGCUCCCUGCCAUGAGCUGGGACGGCGCCGACGAGGAAGUCCGGCUCCUCCUGGACCUAUGCCUUCAGUGUUUGACAAAGAACCUUUCCAGAUACUCUGCAGAUAUUAAGUCAUUGCCACCCAAUAUAAAAGAUAAACUGAUUAAAUUAAUGAGUAGGCAAGGGCAAAUUACUGAUGCAAAUAUCAGUGAGGUAUUGCACCCUGCUGUGGAGUCUCUGGAUCUCCGAGACUGUGAUAUUUCAGAUAAUGCAUUAUUGCAGCUUUAUAACUGCAAGCAGCUGAAAAAAAUCAACUAAAAUUCUUGCAAGGAGAACAGAUUUGGAAUUACUUCAGAAGGAGUCAUAGCACUGGCCUUAUCCUGUCCCUACCUGCGUGAAGCAUCUUUCAAAAGGUGCUGUGAUAUAACUGACAGUGGAGUUCUGGCUCUGGCACUCAACUGCCAAUUCCUACAAAUAGUGAACUUGGGCAGCUGCUCAGGCAUCAUGGAUGCAUCUCUGCAGGCACUAGGAGAGAACUGCAAAUUUCUUCACAGUGUGGACUUCUCAUCUACUCAGGUGACAGAUGAUGGCGUUGUAGCAUUAGUGAGUGGAACAUGUUCAAAGAAUUUAAAGGAGAUCCACAUGGAGCGCUGUGUGAAUCUGACAGACAUCUCUGUGGAAGCCGUCCUUACUUGUUGUCCCAAGAUACACAUUUUUCUGUUCCAUGGAUGUCCACUGAUAACAGAUCGGUCCCGAGAUGCUUUGGAGCAACUCAUCAUAUCGAACAAAAUCAAGCAACUGACAUGGACUGUUUACUGAUUAUUUGUCCUGUACAUGUGAGUGUCAAGUUUACAGGUGGGAGAGCUCCUUCAGCAAACAAGCACCUUGGAAGAACUAGCUGGUGACUUUUGUUCCACCAGGUUGCAUCCCUCCUGCUUCCCACUGGAGGUCUCCGUUGCCAUUCCAGUCCUUGCCUGUGAGCCUGGGCUUCCCCAUUGUCUCUCCUCGGAGCCCUGUCUGCCUUUGCAUUGAUCAAACUUCAUUAAGAGGAGCGUUAAACUGUAAUUAAUACUACAGGGCUGUUGCUCAGGCUUCCCGAAGUGCUGGAUUAGGCUGCUACUUAGUAUUCUUAGCAAUUUAGCUACAAACCCAGUUUAGAUAAGUUUGUGUUCUGAGUUUGUAUUUUGGGGUGGUACUUCCAAUCAAAAGUACCAAGCCCAAAUGUAACAUUGACACACAGCAGUGGCUGUGAAGUUGGGAGUUGAAUCUUACUGAAAUCAGCAGCCAGAACCGGUGAAUGGAGGUGCCAUUAACAGUGAUACAAAUGUGCUUUCACUAGUAACAAAGAAUCUCAUUUCACCAUUUACUUUUGCUAGAUCUGGAAUAAAAAACAUAGGUACCUUUCUUCUGAUGUUACUGAUGCUGCAGGUUUCUGUUCUUACUUACCAUCAAAUACUUGCUGGAUUUUUACACAUCCAAAAUUACAGCCUGUGAAUGUGUAAACAUAAACUUGCAUUGGAGUUGUUAUGGUGACUACAAAUUUCAGAGUAGUAGCUGUGACCAAGAACAGGAUUUUACGUAUGGGCAAAUAUUUAAUUUGCCCUGGCUUUUGCCUGUGUUUCUACAUGAAAAACCUUUUAGGGAACAAAACACUGGUAUUCAUAAGCAUAUCUGUGAAUGAAAUAGGACCAAAUGUAGUGUCUGAGCAUGGAUGGUAGAGUAUGUGUUCUGCUGUAUGCAGUUCAUUACAUAUCCAGUGGCCCCCCAAGCUGACAAUAUCAGUAAUUUUAUUGUUCAGUUAUAGUAGUAUUGGAAAGUAAUUUUUGAACUGUAGAGUGAGUUUAUUACAUGAUGGAGCAGUGCUCUCAUCACAGUUUUAUGUCAUGUUCCUUGGCUUUCUUGAACCAGCAUAACCUCCAGUCAGAAUCCUAUGAUUUCUGCAAGAAGCUCCUUAAUGCCAGACAUUUUAGCUUUAUAAGGGCAUGGAGCACAUGGGGUUCAUCCUCUGGAUCUGGAAGUAGAAGAGUUUAGCUAUGGUGGUCCAACAUGGAUUUGAUGACAUCUGGAAAUCUAAAGAGUUUAGGCAACCAUAAGGAAUAUGUUUACUUUACCAUUUAACUCUUGUCAUAGCCACACCUAAGUGUUGCAGAAAUAAACUAGUCUUAUAUUAAUCUCUUUAAAGUUCAGGUCUAAUUGCGUGGAAGGUAUUUUUUGUUGCCAAUAUUAAAGGAUAUUAUGAUGUCUGACUAUAAUCUUUGUUCUUCUGUUAAUUAUAUGGUUUUUGAAAGUGCAAGUCUAUUUAGAAAAGUUGUUCAGGUGUCAGUAAAAGUGUAUUUUUCCAGGACAAGCAUCUAAAUGCUCUUGUUGCAUGGCUCAGCCCAGUGAUGGGUGUGUUCCUAUGAUCUCUGUGGGUGUAACUGCACCAGUACAAACUACUGGUUCGAGAAGGAGUUGAUUUUGCUACAGUAGCCACAAGCAUCUGACAGAGCUGUUUAGGCAGCUCUGUGAAGCAGUGCUACUGUUCAUCUCAGUGGCAAAGAUGUCCUUCUUCUCCUUGCUAAUACAACCUUGGAUUUGUCAUGUUGAAGGCAAAUGCAGCUUAUAUGUGUCCUUAAGUGUGCCUGUAGAUUGACCAUCUUCCCCUACAGCCUCUUUUCAAAGUGUGACUUAGUGGUACAUCCUCACCUGGUGCUUAAAAAGCUUUACAACACUGCAGUGAGUAACACUGUAAUUUUAGGUUUAAACGUUUAAUGUAAGUUACUUUAACUCAGACUUUGUGUUUUGUAUAACUCUACUAGAAUGUUUUUUGGUUCAUAGUAAUUUUCAACAAAUGUUUACAGGCACUGGGUGAAGUGGGAGAAGAAACUCAUGGAUGUGCUUACUGCUUCAUAUUCUCUAUUGUUUGGACAUUGUUAAUGUUGUGAGCCUUGCAGAAUAUUCACAUAUUGUUAUGAAGAUUAAAGUUUAGAAGUUGGCUGUUUGGAUA